AUGGCACAACCGAUCAAGCCUGCGUGGACCUCUUCUUCGCGCUUUCCUACCAUCAUUCGCUUUCGAUCGCUGGUCAUCUUCGUCUCUACGCUCAUCCUGAUUUCGUCGGCCGCCUUCUUCGCCCUCGAGUUCAAAAACAAGAACAUCCAGCUACAGCUGCAGUUGCAGCAGCUAUUUCGAAACAACCAUUUCUUCGAGAAGCCGUGCUAUGCGCCGUCGCACUCCGCUACCGAGUUGCUGCAGGACGGGACCUGGCAACAUGAAAUAACAGACAAGUGGCAGUUUGUGGCCGAUCAUGAUGGGGACAACUAUGCCUUGAACGCAGAACAGUGCCUGGCUGCCUUUCCGAAACUGUUCAUUGAAAUCGACAAGAGCGUGAAGCAGCGAAAGGAGACCAAAAACCCGAUUACAUUUAACGAGAUCAACUCUCGCAAGACCCUGGGCCAGGGAAUAGGCAGGGCGAUGAUUUACAAAGGAGAGUUGUAUAUUAUAGAUUAUGGCGACAUGACAUACACGGCCACACGGGCCAAAUCGACACUAAACUCCCUCCACCGCGCCCUCGUCGCCAUGCCAGACCGCGAAUCCUUGCCGUCAAUCGAAUUCCACUUCUCCGCCGAUGACUUCAUCUGGGACAACCUCAAACUCGAGGGCGGCCCCGUGUGGUCGUACUCGAAACGGGACACCGCCGACAUCGAGGAAGGCGCAGUCGACGAUACGAAUAUAUGGCUCAUGCCGGAUUUUGGGUACUGGGCAUGGCCCGAGGUCAGCAUUUCGCCGUAUCGACAGGUGCGGCGUCAAAUUGCUGCUGUCGAUGCCGAAUUCGACAAUUUCCAGGCGAAAAAGAAACAGCUUGUCUGGAGAGGCUCACUCAAUACGGGGCGAGAACAGCGCGAACGAUUAAUUGAGGCCACCAAGAAUAAAUACUGGGCCUCGGUGCGAGCGGUCGACUGGGGCGAUCAACAGAGCGUUGCAGACAAUAUGCUCCCCAUUGAAGACCACUGUCGAUACAUGUUCGUCGCUCAUACUGAGGGGCGGUCCUUCUCCGGGCGUGGAAAAUACCUUCUCAACUGCCACUCAGUCUUUAUCGCUCACACCCUCAUUUGGCACGAGGCCCAUCACGCUGCGUUGAUCGCAUCCGGCCCGGACGCCAACUACGUCGAGGUGAAGCGCGACUUUUCCGAUCUCGAACAGAAGCUAGAAUACCUGCUCGACAACCCGGAAGUAGCGGAGCGCAUUGCGAACAACUCAGUCAGGACCUUCCGCGACAGAUAUCUGACUCCGGCUGCCGAGGCAUGUUACUGGCGAUACUUGGUCCGGAAGUGGGCUGAGGUUUGCGACUUUGAGCCUCGUCUGUAUGACGGCAAAACAAACAAGUUGCGCGGACAGCCUUACGAAGAGUGGCUUUUGACCAUGUAG